CAGCGGAUGGAGAAACGGUACAAACCGUCAGCGCCGGCGUCUGUUUAUCGGGCUGAUUUCCCGGAGAAACGCUCGCGGGUUGCGCUCGUCGUGUUCUCGCUUCGGUAGCGGAGGCGUUUAAGGAGCCCGCGGACGCCCCGAGACCGCAGCACGGCGGCCCGCAGGAGAGAAGAUUUUUCCAGUCACUAUGAAGCGGAGGAGGCAUCUCAGCUAUGGCGACGCUUCAUGAAAAACCAGAACGAAUGAUCAUAAACUAGAAGCUUCACCCACAAAACACUGUGACGGGAUUAAGACUACUCGUUUGAGCCACGCCUCUCCCUCAGUAGAAGUAAAGGGAUAGCAAUACAGAACGCACACAAACGGAGCUUCCUCUGGACUGCAGUGACCAUGGGUGACCAGCAGGAGGAGUAUGUGGAGCAUCAGUAUAUGUGCAGCGAGUGUCAGCAGCUGUUCAACACUCUGGAGGAGGUGCUGAUCCACCAGCAGAUACACACCGGCCCGGAGGGGGAAGAUGCGGAGGGUCUGUCCGGCCAGGAGGACUCCGGAGAGAGCCAGUAUCAGUGCUUGGAAUGUGGCUGCCUCCUCAGGAACUCCGAGGAACUGCUGCUCCAUCAGGAGAUGCACAUGAGAGAGGCCGGGCUGGAUGGGGAACAUGCAGAGUUGUGUGAGGUGGCAGAAACAGACGCAGCAGUCGCAACUGUGCCGAUUCACUACCAGUGUCUGGAGUGCCUGGCCCUCUUCGACACCCCCGAGCUGUGGAUGGCACACAGACAAACGCACGGCAAGAUCAGCACGCACAGCAACAUGUCUGAGGCUGAUUAUGUUCUGCAGCCGGAUGGUACGGUCACCCCUGUGGUCAAUGUCCAAAAUCUGGUGCUAGACGAAGAGAGGACGGGACAGAUCCUGAGUUUAGCACAGGCUCUUCGAGACCAGCAGGCUCAGGCGCAGCCCAAACUGGCACCUCCACCAAGAGCCACGCUUCUGCCAGGCACCGCCUCCUUGUCCAGCUCCGCCUCAGCCAUGCUGCGCCUGCAGUUCUGUUCUGCCCAAGCCAUCGCCGAUGGCUCCGCCUCCACGACCCUCCGCAAGGCCAAACUCCUUCCCCCUCUUCUGCCCUCGGAGCCGAUCAGGUUGGAGAACGGCGUGACUGCGCUUAAUCUCCUCCCCGCUGUGGAGCAGGUAGACUCUGGGAAGCAUGUGGAGGAAGAGGUUUUAAUCAUCCAUCCGUACGAGUGCUCCGAGUGUAACCUGCUGUUCAGCACGCCGGAAGAUUUCCUCCACCACCAGGGGGAGCACUUUCUGGCACAGGACAAAGAGAGCGGAGGCACCGGCGUCAUGUUAGGGUACGAGGAUGGUGCAGGAACAAAGGAUGACGACGGAAGGAGGGAUGAAGGGAGGGAGGAGGGGAAUAGGAUAGGGCAAGGGAAAAGCCUGAGCGGAAGGCGCCCGUACACCACCCGGAUGGAUGGUCUGAGCUUGAACUCCUCCAUCUCUCCCACCAGCCUCCAGUGUGAGGAGUGCAAUAGAACUUUCACCACGGCAAAUCGGCUGGCGGCACAUCUGAGGGUGCACGAGCAAGGAACGCAUGAGUGCCCGGAGUGCGACAAAGUGUUCAAGAAGGUUGGGUCGCUGCAUACCCACAUGCGCACACACUCUGGGGAGGCCCGUUUCCUGUGUGUGGACUGUGGACACAGCUUUACUACAGAAAUGACCCUCAUCAUACACAGGAAGUCCCACACAUCUGAGCCUCUCCACAGGUGCCCUUUCUGUGCCAAAACCUUUACCAACAUGACCAAGUUCCUGUACCACCGGCGCACUCACACGAACCGUGAGCCUGUCAACCCUGCAUCCACGGUUCCAUUGACUCAGCGCUUGCCUCUGUCCAUCAUGCAGAGGGCAAGAGAACGAGAGGCUGCAUGGAGGAAAGAGAAACAGGCAGCGCUUAUGGCUCCUGCAACUGCUGAACUGGACUCAAGUGAAACCGUUCUGGAGGCCGCAGCCUCUGACUCUCAGGCAGCCAUGGUAACAGAAAAUGGGGUGGAUUCUGAGCAUCCAGCAACAGAAGAAGUAGCAAAGUGCCUGUUGGUUUCAGAUGACCCAAAUGCCCAAAGCUUGGCCAGUACAGAGGGUUGUGGCAAAGAAGAAGAGAAAGUACUGGCUUCUGUUACGGGAGAGUCUCUAAAAUUUCCUUGCUCCACCUGCAAUAAAGCGUUCUCUUCACAGAUCCGCUUGCUGAGCCAUAGGCAGGCGGCCCACUCCAGUGAGCGGCGCUUCAAGUGCAACAUCUGCGGCAAGUCGUUCAAGAAACAGAUCCACUUGCGGAACCACCUGCGUACGCACACAGGCGAGCGCCCUUUCCAGUGUAGCGUGUGUGGCAAGACAUUCUCCUCUCUGGCCAAUCUCAGCCGUCAUGGCCUCACGCACACCGGUGUGCGGCCAUAUCGUUGCGAUGUGUGCCAUCGAGCCUUUAGCCAGUCAUCCAACCUGCGGCAGCACCGCCUGCUUCAUAGCAACCUUGCUCCCUCACCCUGCCCAGACUGCCCUGCCACCUUCGUUCGGCCAGAGAAGCUCGCGGCCCACCGCUUUCUUCGUCACCCGGGGUCGCCGGCACCUUACCCUUGUCCCCAUUGCCCUUCAGGGUUCUUGCGCAAGCGGCAACGAGAAAUUCACUGUCUGGAGGAGCAUCCUGACCUAACGCAACCUUUCCAAGAUGGCACUCAGGCUCAGAACCCAGGAGCGGAAGGUCAGCAGGCGUCGAGCAGAGGCGGAAGCGGAGCACCGCAGGCUCCUUCCCUCGUACCCAAACAGAACUUCGACUGCACUAUUUGCGGAAAGCGUCUGAACUCUCCUGCUAACUUGCGGCUACAUCAGCUGAGUCAUGGUCUGGGACCGGGCCGUCCCCGGGGCUCAGGUUCCGCCUCUGGGAGAUCGCACCCUUGCCCCGUGUGCGGGAAGCUCUUCGUUUCGGCCUCCAGUGUCACACUUCACCAGCGGGUCCACACAGGAGAGCGGCCGUACCCUUGUGCCGUUUGCGGAAAACGCUUCAGGCAAAACACGCACCUGCGGGAGCACUUGCGCACGCACUCUGGCGAGCGGCCCUACCGCUGUGAGUUCUGCGGGAAGGGCUUUGUGCAGAGCAUGCACCUGGCUGAGCACAGGCGCACUCACACUGGUGAGAGGCCACAUGCCUGUGCUGAAUGUGGGAAAACCUUCAAGACGGUGUCGAACCUGAGGAACCACCGCAAGACCCACACGCGCGCCCAGCCACAACAGGAGGCUGAGCAGGGCAAGGAUGUUGUCGCCAUGGAGUCCAGCGUUGAGACCAAUGUGGCAACGGUUGCUGUGGUGGAUGCCUCAGAGAUGAACCUCGCUACUGCGGUACCGACUCUUUGCCAGCAGGGGGUCCAGCUCGGGCAGCCACAACUCAUACAGAUCCAGACAUCCGGUCUGGCACAGACUCAGGGCACUCCCACUAUUAUGUGUAAUGAGUUUGGGGAGACGAUAGCCAUCAUAGAGACGAGCGGCGACCUGGCGGAGGCAAUAGAGCUCUACCACACGGCACUGGAGGGCGGGGUCAACAUGGAGGCCAUCACACUGGACAACCUGCAGCUGAUGUGAGCGAGAGAGGCUGCAUACUGAGACUGUUGAAGAGCGAGGCUGGAGGAUUGAUGAGUGGAGACGAAAUUGGAGGGAUUGGGAACAAACCACCUUGACCUCUGAGAGCUUGAGAGGAAGCUGGCUUGAGGAAAUGUGGUGGGAGAAGGUGGAAGCUGUAAGAGUAAUGGCCUCUCAGGUUGGGUCAGUCUGAAUUUCUGAGGGAUGGCAGCGACGGUGAUCGAGAGAGCGAAGACAGCGGUAAAGUAAAACUCCAGCGUUUUUCAACCUGACCUCUAUCUGCUGCAUCUGUACACUAUUAAAAAAGAUUCUUCAAGGGUUCUUUAUUCAAGAAAAUGGUCCUGUAUCGAGCCAUGAACGCUUAAAGAACCCUCUGCGUGAUUUAGGGGUUCUUUGCAAACACUUUGAAAGCGUUCUUCAGAUUGAUGAAAAAUGUGCAUGAAUGUGCUAUAGACGGUUCUAUAUAGCAUC